GGGCGGCGGCGGCGGCGGCGGCGGCGGCGGCGGCGGGCGUUUGGCUGGGCUGCCCGCCUCCCGGGCGCUUCGAGCUGCCGGCCCACGCCGCAGUGUGUUGUGUGGACGACACCUUUCCCAGACAGACCGGCGGAUCCCAGCUCGGCGCCUCCAGCCUUGGACGUGAUGUUUCGCCCGAGCUUUCACCGCUUUUGUGCCGGAGAGGAGAAACGGGUUGGUACACGCACUGUGUCUCUUGGCAACCAUCCAGAUACAGAAAGAGAAACUUCCAUCGCAUCAAGAUUUUGUGAUAACAGAAUAGUGUCAUCUAAGUAUACACUUUGGAAUUUCCUCCCAAAGAACCUGUUUGAGCAGUUUAGAAGAAUUGCAAACUUUUACUUCCUCAUCAUUUUCCUUGUACAGGUCACAGUAGACACACCAACUAGCCCAGUUACCAGUGGACUUCCACUUUUCUUUGUUAUAACUGUUACAGCCAUCAAGCAGGGGUAUGAGGAUUGGCUGAGACACAAAGCUGAUAAAGAAGUCAACAAGAGCACUGUUUAUGUUAUUGAAAAUGCAAAACGAGUUAAAAAAGAGAGUGAAAAGAUCAAGGUCGGUGAUAUAGUAGAAGUGCAUGCGAAUGAAACCUUUCCCUGUGAUCUUAUUCUUCUGGCAUCCUGCAUGAGUGAUGGAAUCUGUUACGUUACUACAGCCAGUCUUGAUGGGGAAUCCAAUUGCAAGACACAUUAUGCAGUAUGUAAUGAUACCACUGAAGGAGAUUUGGAAAGACAUGUUUAUAACCUCAAAGCGACAAUUGAAUGUGAACAGCCUCAACCUGACCUCUACAAGUUUGUUGGGCGAAUCGAUAUCCAUAAAAAUUGUCCUGAGGAUGUUGCCAGUUGUGGAGGACGUUGCUUCACUGGCCCAAGGUCUUUGGGACCUGAGAAUCUCUUGUUGAAAGGAGCUACACUAAAACAUACCCAGAAGAUAUAUGGAGUUGCUGUUUACACUGGGAUGGAAACCAAAAUGGCUUUGAACUACCAGGGGAAAUCUCAAAAACGCUCUGCUGUUGAAAAAUCUAUUAAUGCCUUCCUUAUUGUGUAUUUAUUGAUCUUACUGACCAAGGCUACAGUAUGCACUGUUCUAAAGCAUCUUUGGCAAAGUAACCCAUAUAACGAUGAACCUUGGUAUAACCAGAAGACCCAGAAAGAGCGGGAUACUUGGAAGGUUCUGAAAAUAUUCACCGAUUUCCUAUCAUUUAUGGUUUUAUUCAACUUUAUUAUUCCUGUAUCCAUGUAUGUCACCGUGGAAAUGCAGAAAUUCUUGGGCUCCUUUUUCAUUUCAUGGGAUAAGGACUUUUAUGAUGAAGAAAUUAAUGAAGGAGCACUAGUUAACACAUCAGACCUUAAUGAAGAACUUGGUCAGGUGGAUUAUGUAUUUACAGAUAAAACUGGAACACUCACUGAAAACAGCAUGGAACUCAUUGAAUGUUGCAUAGAUGGGCACAAAUAUAAAGGCUUAACUCAGGAGACUGAUGGACUCUCUCAAACUGAUGGACUUUUAACAUAUUUCGAUAAAGCAGACAAGAAUCGAGAAGAGCUCUUUCUGCGUGCCUUGUGUUUAUGCCAUACUGUAGAAAUUAAAACAAAUGAUGCUAUUGAUGGUGUUACAGAAUCAGCUGACUUGACCUAUGUAUGCUCUUCACCAGAUGAAAUAGCUUUGGUGAAAGGAGCUCAAAAGUAUGGGUUCACAUUUUUAGGAAUUCAGAAUCGCCAUAUGAGACUAGAGAACCAAAGAAAAGAAAUAGAAGAGUAUGAGCUUCUUCACACCUUAAACUUUGAUCCUGUCCGCCGUCGUAUGAGUGUCAUUGUGAAGACUCCAACAGGAGACGUACUUCUUUUUUGUAAAGGAGCAGACUCAGCAGUUUUCCCCAGGGUGCGAAAAGAUGAAAUUGCAUCGACUAAAGUCCAUGUGGAUCAAAAUGCAGUGGAUGGGUAUCGGACACUGUGUAUAGCCUUCAAAGAAAUCACUCCAGAUGAGUAUAAAAGAAUUGACAGACAGCUCAUAGAGGCAAAAAUGGCCUUACAAGACCGAGAAGAAAAAAUGAACAAAGUUUUUGAUGACAUUGAGAGAAACAUGAAUUUAAUUGGAGCCACUGCGGUGGAAGACAAGCUACAAGAUCAAGCAGCUGAGACCAUUGAAGCUCUGCAUGCCGCAGGUCUGAAAGUUUGGGUACUUACUGGGGACAAGAUGGAGACAGCCAAAUCCACCUGCUAUGCCUGCCGCCUUUUUCAAACAAGCACUGAACUCUUGGAACUGACAACAAGAACCAUCGAAGAAAGUGAAAGGAAAGAGGAUCGAUUGCAUGAAUUGUUGAUCGAAUAUCGUAAGAAGUUGCUGCAUGAAUUUCCUAAAAGCAGUAGAAGCCUUAAAAAAGCAUGGACAGAACAUCAGGAAUAUGGGUUAAUCAUUGAUGGCUCCACAUUGUCACUCAUAUUAAAUUCUGCUCAAGACACCAGUUCUAACAAUUACAAAAGCAUUUUCCUGCAGAUUUCUAUGAAGUGCACUGCAGUGCUGUGCUGCCGGAUGGCACCCUUACAGAAAGCACAGAUCGUCAGAAUGGUGAAGAAUUUAAAAGGCAGUCCAAUAACACUGUCAAUAGGUGAUGGUGCCAAUGACGUCAGUAUGAUCUUGGAAUCCCAUGUGGGAAUAGGUAUUAAAGGCAAGGAAGGUCGCCAAGCAUCCAGGAAUAGCGAUUAUUCUGUUCCAAAGUUUAAACAUUUAAAGAAACUGCUAUUGGCUCAUGGACAUCUCUACUAUAUGAGAAUAGCACACCUCGUACAAUAUUUCUUCUAUAAGAACCUCUGUUUCAUUUUGCCACAAUUUUUGUACCAGUUCUUCUGUGGAUUCUCACAACAGCCACUGUAUGAUGCCGCUUACCUCACAAUGUACAACAUCUGCUUCACGUCCUUGCCCAUACUGGCAUACAGUCUACUGGAACAGCAUAUCAACAUUGACACUCUGACCUCAGAUCCCCGAUUGUAUAUGAAAAUAUCGGACAAUGCCAUGUUACAAUUGGGCUCCUUCUUAUAUUGGACAUUGCUGGCUGCAUUUGAAGGGACAGUGUUCUUCUUUGGGACUUACUUUCUUUUUCAGACUUCAUCCCUAGAAGAAAAUGCAAAGGUGUUUGGAAACUGGACUUUUGGAACCAUUGUUUUUACAGUCUUAGUUUUCACUGUAACUCUGAAGCUUGCAUUGGAUACUCGUUACUGGACGUGGAUAAAUCACUUUGUGAUUUGGGGUUCUUUAGCCUUUUAUGUGUUUUUCUCAUUCUUCUGGGGAGGAAUCAUUUGGCCCUUCCUCAAACAACAGAGAAUGUAUUUUGUAUUUGCUCAUAUGCUGUCUUCUGUAUCCACCUGGUUGGCCAUAGUUCUUCUAAUAUUCAUCAGCCUUUUCCCUGAGAUUCUCCUGAUAGUACUAAGGAAUGUAAACCGUAGAAGUGCCAGGAGAAAUCUGAGCUGUAAAAAGGCAUCUGACUCAUUAUCCACCAGACCUUCAGUCAGACCUCUUCUUUUACGAACAUUCUCAGACGAAUCUAAUAUAUUGUAACAGAGUCUGAACAUCGAACUGCCUAUGUUACUGUCCUACAAGCAUAUUGAUAGUGGUCACAGCUAAAAAAGAAAACAUGAAGAAACAACUCAAAAAGCAAUCAUCUCAGGAUACUCAAUAUGCAACCAACUAAGCCACUCUUCUGUCUAAGUAGGGUUCAGAAUAAAUGACCAUUGCAAUACCAAAUGACUCUCUUAAGCAUUUACAGUUAUUGUAAGUAGCCGUUAUGGCCAAAGCUCAAAGUUAUGAAUUAUAUGAAAGUCGAAAGCAAAAAUAUUUAGAAUUUCUGGCUUUAGAUAGAAUAAUGUAACUACCAAAUGGGUGCUCCUUUAACCCAUGAACUCUGUGAAUGGAUUUAAAUACAAUAGUAUAAAAUAGAAGUCAUGCAAUGGGAAUGGAUAGAUUUCACUAAUAUUUCUUUUUUUGCCUGGCGAAAGAAAUAGGCUGUUUGGAUCACAUUUCUCGUUCCUGCUGAAUGGUAAUCCUAAAUUAUUUUUUCAAACAUAUGAAAAGAAUACUU